GGGACUGUCCUGGGCUGGUUAGUAGAGGGAGACGGGAAAGGUGCUGGAGUACUGGAUCGUUCUCUCCCAGGGGCCCGAAGAGAAAACGAUUAGUCAUGUCGUCCUUAAUCCGAAAGGUGAUCAGCACCACGAGAGCCCCAGGGGCCAUUGGUCCCUACAGUCAAGCUGUGUUAGUGGACAGGACCAUUUACGUUUCAGGACAGCUGGGCUUGGACCCUAAGAGUGGACAGCUUGUGCCAGGAGGGGUGGCAGAAGAAGCUAAACAAGCUCUUGCAAACAUUGGUGAAAUUCUGAAGGCUGCAGACUGUGACUUCACUAAUGUGGUAAAAACAACUGUUUUGCUGGCUGACAUCAAUGACUUCAGUACUGUCAAUGAAAUCUACAAACAGUAUUUCAAGAGUAAUUUUCCUGCAAGAGCUGCUUACCAGGUUGCUGCUCUGCCCAAAGGAGGCCGUGUUGAGAUUGAAGCCGUCGCUGUUCAGGGCCCUCUCACAACAGCUUCCCUCUAAGUGGACCGAGUGUCAUUUAGCCUGGAAUUUUCACAGUGGUUUUAAAUUAACAUCUUAAUUUUUAUAAUCAAUGUUGGAAAGUGUAAGACUGACUAAAAUAUCAGAAAUAUUAUGGAAAUGCCAUAUAAUAAGGGGAAUUGAAUGUGAAUUGAAAAUGAGAUUAAUCCAGUUACUAAUAUUAUAAAUUUCACUUAUGCACUCAUAUUACUAGAUGUGAGGAGAAAAAGAGAAUAUACCUAGUUCAAUUAAAUCCUUUUAAUUUAAUAUUGUGAGAUAUUUCAUCCUCAUGUCAGAUACAUGAUUCAGCUUUUACCUGAGUAAAAUUAAAGAUUUAAAUGUGAAUGGUAGAGGUAAAGGAGAAGAAAGUGGACCAAAAUUUUAUACGAUUAACAUUUUUCUAAUGGAAAUAAAAUAGACAUGCAGAUUUUC